AGGGAGGCCAGCCUGGACAGCAGGUGCUCAGCCCCUCCCUCACCAGCGACAGAGAAAAUCUUCAGCUGGAGGCCAGCAUGGAGACAGCCCUGGAGGUAGCCUCAGGCUCCCAGCGGCAGGUGGAAGAUGCCGGCCCAUCGGAUGCUGAAGGACCCCAGGCUUUACCUCGACAGGAGGCAGGCAGCCCUUCUCUGCAGCUCCUGCCCUCUAUAGAAGAGCACCCCAAGAUCUGGCUACCUCGGGCCCUAAGGCAGACUUACAUCCGGAAGGUUGGGGACACAGUGAAUCUACUAAUUCCAUUCCAGGGUAAGCCCAAACCUCAAGCUACCUGGACUCACAAUGGCUGUGCCCUGGACAACAGUCGUGUGAGUGUGAGGAAUGGGGAUCGGGACACCAUCCUUUUCAUCAGAGAAGCCCAACGUGCUGACUCAGGAUGCUACCAACUCCGUGUGCAGCUGGGUGGACUGGAGGCCACUGCCACUAUCAAUAUCUUGGUGAUCGAGAGGCCAGGCCCUCCUCAGAGUAUUAAGUUGGUGGAAGUUUGGGGCUGCAGUGCUACUCUGGAAUGGACACCUCCCCAAGAUACAGGCAAUAUAGCCCUCCUGGGAUACACAGUGCAGAAGGCUGACACAAAAUCUGGGCUGUGGUUCACAGUGCUGGAUUGUUAUCACCGUACCAGCUGCAUCAUCUCUGACCUCAUCAUUGGUAACUCCUAUGCCUUUCGAGUCUUUGCUGAAAACCAGUGUGGGCUCAGUGAAACAGCCCCUGUCACAGCUGACCUUGCCCACAUUCAGAAAUCAGCUACUGUUUACAAGACCAAGGGGUUUUCCCAGUGGGACUUCUCAGAAGCCCCCAAGUUCACCCAGCCUCUGGCUGACUGCACUACAAUCACUGGCUAUGACACCCAGCUCUUCUGCUGCGUGCGUGCCUCUCCCAGGCCCAAGAUCAUAUGGCUGAAGAACAAGAUGGAUAUCCAAGGCAACCCCAAGUACAGAGCCCUCAGUCAUCUGGGGAUCUGCUCCCUGGAAAUCCGCAAGCCUGGUCCUUUUGAUGGAGGCAUCUAUACCUGCAAAGCCAUUAAUGCCCUGGGGGAGGCAUCCGUGGACUGUCGGGUGGAUGUGAAAGCUCCUUACUAAGGCUGCCCCUAGAGAACCUGACAUCUGAGAAAGGGCCUCUUGGAGCCUGACUGUGACAAGACUGUCUUCUAAAGGAGCUUCAGCACAAUUACCUGGCUUGGCCUAAUCUAAAUAAAUGUGUGGACCCUC